AUGACUUAUCAUUCAUUAGAUAAACUGGUUCUUGUUGGAUCGUGCGAAAAAGAUUCGGACUCCUUUAGUCUUCAGAACCUAUCCUUCGAUAGCAGCCGUGUAGUGAACAACAUGAAGAACUAUUUGGCUUCUCUCGUGCUCGCCGUGUGUUUGCUCACCGGCCCGGUUGCUAGCCAAUCUGCCACGGUGUCAAUCAAUAUUGGAGGAAGUGUUAUCACUUUGGCAUCGUCCGAUAUAGCGACGAUUUUGGCGAUUGUAGCAUCACUACAAUCUGUAACAACAACAACAACUGCUGUUACCACAACGACUCCUGCUGCUACAACGACAACCGCUGCUACUACGACCGCAGCCACUACCGCAGCCACAACUGCUGCUACAACGACAGCAGCCACCACCGCAGCUACUACGACCGCAGCCACUACCGCAGCAACGACAGCAGCCACCACCGCUGCUACUACGACCGUAGCAACUACCGCAGCAACGACAGUAGCCACAACUGCUCCUACUACGACCGCAGCUACUACCGCAGCCACUACCGCAGCAACUACCGCAGCCACUACCGCAGCUACUACCGCAGCCACAACUGCUGCUACUACGACCGCAGCCACCACCGCAGCAACGACCGCAGCCACCACCGCUGCUACUACGACCGUAGCAACUACCGCAGCAACGACAGCAGCCACAACUGCUCCUACUACGACCGCAGCUACUACCGCAGCCACUACCGCAGCCACUACCGCAGCCACAACUGCUGCUACUACGACCGCAGCCACUACAGCAGCCACAACUGCUGCUACUACUACAACUACUGCUGCCACUACGGCAGCUACAACCACAGUAACAACAGCAGCAACCACGGCUGCUACUACUACAACUACAACUGUUGCUCCUACUACUACAACCACAACAGCUGCUACAACUACUACAGUGGCACCAAGUGUCACUAUUACACUUACUGUAAACGGAACUCCCAUUACGAUCGUGGGCGCUAGCACUAGUUUGGUGAAUUUGUUGACUCAAAUUUUGGCUAGUUUGGCAUCUACAACGACUACUGCUGCACCGACUACCACGACCACUACCGCUGCACCAACGACCACUACCACAACUACUGUAGCUCCAACAACCACAACCACCACUGCUGCACCAACGACCACGACUACUACCACGGUAGCACCAACCACUAAGGCCACUACCACGGUAGCACCAACCACCACUACGGUCACCACGACAACGACACGUAAGUGUGGAGUUAGUGUCGGAAUCGGCGGAGGAAUCAAUAUUGGAGGACUAGGAGGAAUCGGCGGAAGCAUUGGCAUCGGAGCAGGCCUUGGAGGUAUCGGGGCAGGGUUUGGAGCCGGAAUUAACGUGGGAACUGGUACCGGAUUUGGUGCAGGCAUUAAACUAGGUACCAACAUUGGAACCAUUGGUACGGGACUCAACACCGGCACUGUUAUCCGUCCGAUCGGAUCGUUGCUUGGUGCUGGAUUGAACUUGGCCGGUACAGCAAUCAAUACGGCUGGUACUGUUGCUAAUAGGGGUUUGAACUUGGCCGGUUCGGCGGUGAAUACGGCUGGCAAUUUGGCCGGUGUUGCAGUUAAUACGGCUGGUAAUUUAGCUGGUGCUGCAGUUAAUACGGCUGGAAAGUUGGCCGGUACCGCGGUUAAUACAGCUGGCAAUCUGGCCGGUACUGCAAUCAAUACGGCUGGUAACGUCGUACGAGGUGUUGCCGGAACGGCAACCAAUGUGCUCGGAGCGGCCACAAACGUGAUCGGCAAUGUAGCAGGUGGACUUUUGGGAGGAUUAACCCGAGGUCUUCAGGCUGCUUCUAAUGUAGGCAGCAAUCUGAAUGUUGCAGGAAGCGUUUCUGCACGCAGUGGAAUUCUCGGUGGACUUGGAGGAGGUAUUGGUUUCGGAUUUGCGGGAUAG